CUAGUCUAUAUGAACCACCUCUUCUGAGUCUUCUCAACACACACACACAUACCAAACACUCAUCACAACUUCUAAGUUCUACCAAUCUUUCUUCUUCUCACUACUCACCUAAGAAACAAAACCCUACCUUGCGUUCAAAGUAUUUGCUAAUAAUGCAACCAUCCAUGAACGUUUUCAGCCUCCAUGACCAUCCACCUUCGUACCUUUCCCAUUUCCCUACAUCGUCCUCACCAUUUUGCGGCAACGGACAAAACCCUAAUCCAUUCUACAGCUUCCAAACUGGUGUGAACUCUCCACAGCUCAUGAGUUUGAGCAACUCGACCUCAGAUGAAGCUGAAGAGAAUCAUAGUGAUAUGAUCAAUGAGAGGAAGCAGAGGAGGAAGCUAUCGAACAGAGAAUCAGCAAGGAGAUCACGUAUGAGGAAGCAGAGACAGGUGGAUGAGCUUUGGUCUCAGGUGAUGUGGCUUAGGAAUGAGAAUCAUCAGUUGCUUCAUAAGCUUAACCGUGUCUUGGAGUCUCACGAGAAGGCUAUUGAAGAGAAUGCUCAGCUUAAAGAGGAAACUUCUGAGCUUAAACACAUGAUUAGUGAUAUGACGCAGCUUCAAAAUCAGAGUCCUUUCUCUUGUUUCAGAGACGAAGACAUUGUAUAGAUGAUGUUUUAGUGGCUCUAAAGGUGUAUGUAUCAA